UUUUGUUUUAUUUAUUUUAAAAACAUCAAAGUCUCACAUUCGUGGUUAAUCAAAUAUGCUUAAAAAAUAUUUUAAAAGUUAGUACAUUCCGAAUUUCAAAGGCUAACACAAGAAAACAUGAAAUGUGUAGAUAUCGUUGGGAUGAUUUUGAUGUUCAGAUCUGCGUAUGCAUUUACUACAUGUACAGGAGGGACAAUUGGUAACAAUCCUGUCACUUCGUAUGCGUCAACUAUCACAACUACAGGUAGUGGUUAUUUACUAGAGGACGAGAUUUACCAGGUCACGUGUUGUGGUUCUAUAAGUCGAUGGGAGAUACGGACGAGUGGUGCUGGGACAGUUCAAUUACAGAUAUGGCGAAAAACUGGAACAUAUUCGUAUACGCUUAUAGGGAAGAAUGAAUAUACAGCAAGCGGUGCUGGAUUCCAAGCACUAAAUGUCGCUUCGGCGGACAGAAUAUCUGUACAACAUGGGGAUAUGAUAGGAUGGUAUUCAUCGCCAAAUAUCAUAAUGCAUGCUGCUUCAAGUGGAUAUCCAGUCACCAAUCGUCGGUCUUCAUCGAUAACGGACCUGGCUGUCGGCAGUAUUCAUGACUGGGCUUCUGAAAAUACCUUCGCAACUGCACUUAAAUUUGCAAUAAAAGCAACAACAGUAGCCAGUACAUUACCAACAUUUACAUUUGGAACCACAGAGGCUGUGCAGAUAGAUGACAUCACACCAGCAGAAACAAAUAUUCUCUCUCUGACUGUUUCCGACGACGGUGGCGACACUAUUGUGUAUUCUACAGCAGCGAAUGACAACGCAUAUUUUUACGUUGAUACUAACAAUGGACAAGUGAAGACUUUACAGACCAAUAUACCAGAAGGCACUUAUACUAUCACACCAAUGGUAACAGAUGACUGCUAUAAUACAGCUACAACAGUUGUUACGGUAACAGUUGCAAAUGUGGCUAUUACUUCGGGUGGAUUUACCGGAACUUCAGUAACUAUUUCUGAAGAUGAUAACUUAGAAACAAAUCUAACGAAUAUUCUAAUAACAGAACCAAAUGACGGUUAUUAUUGUUACCUGACCAGCGAUUCUAAUUAUCCAUUUAGUGUCAGACAGGCCAAUAGCUUAUAUCCAGGUUAUACAUUAUACCUUCAAGAUUGGCCAGAGUUGAACGCAGCAACGACACCAAGUUAUACGUUAACUGCAGAAUGUAUAGAAGCGCAUUCGUCAUCACCCGCUAGUGUUAGUGUCGGUUCCUUUACAGUAAAUGUUUCACCAAAUAGUGGUCCGUCAAUUGCCACUGCAACAGCAACAGUAACGCUUGAUGCUGUAACGGAUUGGACUGGUACCUUGGUUUAUACGGUAGUUGCUACAGAUCCAGAAAAUGAUCCAUUUACAUUUACCCUUGCUGGUGGAGGACCAUUUACAAUUACUGACGCUGGUAAGAUAGUAUUAACAGAAAAUCUUGUACGUCAUGCUCAGGGUAGUUAUGCACUAACAGCAACUGUAGCAGAUAACCGUGGUAAUUCUGAUGCAAUGACAGUAACUGUUACCAUUAACAAUAGAAAUGUUGACCCGACGUUCACCAAUUUACCUACAUCUGAAAGUAUCACAGAAAACGUAGCAGUAGGAACGACUGUAUUUCAACCUAAUGCAGUGGAUACUGAUGUACUUGAGUAUUAUGCUCAGUUUAAUCCAUCGUAUGGCGCCAAAUUAUUUACAGUAAAUCCAAAUACUGGAGAAGUUUUGACGUCAGCAAAUAUUGAUUAUGACGUCAUCAGUGAUCAUUCAAUCGCUAUUUUCAUCACAGUAUCUGACGGAAAAUGGUUUGACACGCAACGUUUGAUUGUUAAUAUUGGUAAUGAAUAUGAAACCCCGGUGAUAGCACAAAAAUAUUUCAAAAUUAUGAGGGACGAGGGAGUGUCUGGUGAUUCCUUUCCUGUGAUACGGUACGAUGUUGAUGAUCCAGACAUAGCUUCAGUGAAUGAUGUUAUGAUAUAUACAAAGAACUGUGGAGCAGACGACAGCAGAGUGGCCAUUUCAUCAACUACAGGAAUUUUUUCUUUCAAUGGGGAUUAUGAUCUUGAUGAUGCCUCAAACCCGACAGAUUUCACCUGUACCGUCACAGUCACUGACAGUGGUGGAUUAACUGACACGUGCAUUGUUGACGUUCGUGUUGAUUAUGUAAACGAGUUUACUCCAACAUUUACACAAUCGUCGUAUGAUAUUAGUGUUUUAUACACAGAACUAGUCGGUACAAUAGUUCUUUCUGUCAGUGCCUCUGAUCAAGAUUUAGGGGAUCACGGGGUAUUCUUUUAUGAAAUUAUCAACGCUGAAAAAUUGUUUGGAAUAUUUCAAAAUGGCAGCAUAUUUGUUAAUAAAGAUUUGAUUGCCUUUUAUCCGAAUGGACACAUGUUACUCAUGACAGUAAAAGCUGAAGACACUGGUGGCCUGUUCACAACAAUAUCAAUUAAUGUAACCAUUCCACCAUCAAUUGUAGAAAGUACAACAACAGAAAAGCCAUUGACUUUCUUUGAGUACAGGAUGAACAUGGUUGCAUAUGAAAUAGCAGCAGCUGUAGGCGCAGCUUGUUUACUCGUAGCGAUAUUUUUUGCAUGCAGAUAUAUCAGGAGAAAACCUCCAGUGACGGAGGUUAAGCCAGUGACUUUGCCGCAAGUAUCUGAAAACGAGGCUAAAAACGGAAUCGUAGACCAGUCUAAUAAAAACGAUAAUAACAAAGGGGAUGACAGCAAUGUGAACAAACCUCCGUCAAAUAACGAGGAACCACAACUUCGUGUUAGACCUUUGUUUAACAUAGAAGGUCCCAGAACGGCUGAUGGAGGAAUGCAGAGCCCCCCACCAGCAUAUAACCCAUAAUGAUAAUGAUGUCUUCAGUAGUUCGGUAUUCGGAAAAAUGGGUUCAAAAUCUGUUUUGUGUAUACGAAUUUAUUUAAUUGCUGAGAAAUGUAGAAACAUUUUUCUUACCACGCGCUUAAUAAUACAUUUGAAAAUAAAUAGCUUGGAUAACGAUCACAUAACUCUAUUACAUUUUUGUCCAAUCUUUCUCUUUUUGAAUUCAAACUAGCCGCUAUUUUUUGUAUAGAUAUUCGAUUAAUAGAUAUUUUAUGAAGCCA